AUGAAACGUAAAAAAGAACUUGAAUCUAAAAUUGAAGAAAAAUCAAAACGCAUCCGUGAAUUCAAUGCCAAAUUAAAACAAUAUAUCAAGAAUGUGUUUCCAUCGAAAGCAUCAAGUGAAUUAUUGGGAAGUUUAUCGUCGUCAUUUUCAAAUACUGAUAUAAAUGAAAUACGCGUUGUUGAUAAUAUUGAUAUUAUGCAAGUUGUACAAAAUUCUGAUCGUUAA